AUGACCAAGGUGGCGCCGGCGGGUCCAGCCGUGUCGCUGGUCCACACGCGCUUUGAGGUGCGCUGGACGCGAUUCUCAGUCGUUGUGAGUCUCGCGAUGGCCCUCAACAUCGUCUCCAUGGUAUGUUCCUUUCACUCGAUCCUGCCGACACCUUCCGUGUGGCCGAUGAAGGCGUACUUGACCGAGCAGCUGCCGUGGCGAGGCGACAACACGCCAUACCCCGUCUACGACUCGUACGCUGCCUUUAGCGCCUCGUACUUGGCCGAGAACCAAGCGCGCUUCAACCGGUCCACACUCCUGCACCAGCGAUCGUACUACGUUGACGACGCGACGCGCACCGAUGUCAUCCGUGUCGCUCUCGACAUGCGCCGACGCACGCACGACGACUGCAUCGACUUUCUCUUGGGUCUGCCGGGCCUCAUCUUUUACGGUGGCAACAUGCGUCGCUUUCUUUGCGACUUUGCCGCAUCGCCCCGUGGACUCAAUGGGACGGACGACCAGCGCUGGCACCAACGCGGUGUCUGCCAGUACGGCUUGUUUGCCGGCACCACCGUCGGCAAACAGUGCAUUUGGCUCACGACCGGCGACGACCUGACACAGGAUGACGCACCGGGGGUCUUUACCCUCACGUUUAUCUUUCAGCUGCCCCGGUUUUAUGUGUGGCUCUGGGUCAAAUUCGGGUACCGCUGUCUCAUUAGCUUGUACGUGUGCUUCGAAAUGUGGCGCGAGUACUACCGCCACUGCACACACCUCUGCGCGAUCGUCCAGCGCUUUGGCCAUACCGUUCCGACGCCGACAUCUUUGGCGUGGCAGUACGACCUCGUGAUGGGGGACCCGACCGCGCUCAUCCUACUCGAUCCGGUCGUCUCGGCUGCCUUUACGCUCGACGUGUGGCUCAGUAUGGAGUACAUGGGCAUUGCCAUGGUGCGUGCGACGCAAAUCGCCGAUCUCUACACGCUCUUUCUCGCGUUCAUGUACUUUUCCCGCACGGUUUGGUUUGCCUAUUUGGCACUGAGCGUCUCGUCCAAAGUUCUCAAACGCUUUGCGAAGGAACACGUCUUUGCCGGCGUGGACCCGACGGUGGUCGCGAUUUGUGUCGCCGUGUACGUCGUCCCAGUCGACUACCUCCAAGCCAACACCCGCAUCGUAAAUGCGUACUACUGGCUCUUCCGUGUGCCAGCCUCGCGCGACACGCAAGACGAGCAAGUCGACGUGCUGCUUGGCUGUGUGCUCUUGACCAUCUCGAUAGCUCUCUUUCCCGUACUCUAUGGGGUUGCCCGAUCGCGCUGCCGGUCAACGCCAGCAUUGUCGAGCCGCCGUGCCGCAUACAGCAGCCAAGCGUACAACGGCGUGAAAGCGCGGCUCGUGCUCUUCGUCUUGCGCCGCUUUCGUCGACGCGAUCGCCAAGCGCUUGCCUUUGGCGGCACCUUGUACGCUGUGUUUGAGGCCAACCCGCGCUACAAGAGGUAUCCGACGAUCAGUCUUCGGUCCGUCGACUGCUUUCUCGUUUGCAAAAGCCAUGGAGUCCCCAAGCAAAUGAUUCGUCUCAGUCUCCUGCGGAGCUUGGACUGCCACCCGACGAACCCGCACUUGACAAUCACGGACGGCAGCACCGAGAGCGUCGUCAACGUUUUGGACCGCAUCGAAUGCACGGGCACGUCGUUUUGCAUACACCGGGGCAUUGCGCGCACUGCGUGGUGCAUGUAGCCGACAGACAUAAGAACGUAUUGGCUAUAUAUGUGACCACGUUCGUAGCCCA